UUCGUGGCUUCCAGUGAUACAUGAAAAAUAACAAGAGCUGUUAAAAACGCUUUACGAAGAAAUUUAAGGACAUAUGCGAUGUCUUUGGACGCUUAUGGCUGAGAUUUUAAAUUUCGAGUCUUUAUUACGCAAAAUUGAUAAAAAAGACAAAAACACUAUGAUGAUAUAAUCAUGUAAUUUAAACCGGACUGCUGGAGGAGAUAGACAUCGUCGUAUUAUCUCCUAAACUGCAACAGAAGAAACUUUUUUCAUAAUCAUCACGGACAGCCACCACACGUAUUGUGUUUUGGAAGAUAACAUCGCUUUACUUAUGUGAUAACACCCACCGCUGUUUGGAGUAAACUAAGUUACAGCCUCAUACAAUUAUCAAAGUUACACGGGAACGUGAACUCUGAUGGACAGAUGAUGGCUGCAUCCAAACCUUCUUACUUCAUAGGGAAGAAAGAAGACAUCAAAGCUGGACGGCUUGUGAAGUCAGUCGGCGGAAGAGAUGUUCUCGUUCUUUACCACCAGGGGGAGUUUUAUGCCAUGGAUGUUCGCUGCUACCACUCUGGAGGUCCUCUGCACAAAGGAGAUAUUGAGGAGUUUGAUGGACGGAAAUGUAUAGUGUGCCCAUGGCAUAAGUAUAAAAUUACAUUAGCUGAAGGUGAGGGACUCUAUCAGGCAGUGGACCCUUUUGUGAAGCCUCUGAAACCAACCUGGUGCUCUAAAGGGAUCAAACAAAGAGUCCACAUAGUGACAGAAUCCAAUGGAGAUCUUUACCUCACCUUAAAUGACUCGUCAGAGGCCAUUGACUCAGAUUUUUACCAAACGGAGAAAUACAGAGACACUUUUAUGAAAGAAGGAAUGAAGAAAUAAAAGUGACCCCAGUGGAAAAGGCAUGUGGUAAAAAAGGGACACCAGUCUCAGUUGACCAAAUGGGUUUGAAUGUGAAUAAUAGAAAAUAUAUUUUUUGUGAUCAGAAAAAGCAGUAUUUGUUAGCUUUUAAUGAGAUUUAUGUUUAUGUAAUUUAUUCAGUAAAAAUGUAGUUUAUUUAUAUUACUUUGAUGUAUUAAUUAUUUACUAUGUUCAUAUUAGCAGUCAUAUUAAAACCUCUUCAACCCUGAGGACCCUGUCCCGGGUCCAGAAUUUCGUAUUUUGACUUAAUAUAAAAUAUUCUUUUAAUCUUUGAUGCUCCGUCAUGGACCCCAGUAACACAUAUGAGAUACUGUUUGAAAGCUGAGAGUCUCUACUUUCUGCAGAUAUGCAUCACUUUGACACAUCUUUUACUGUAAGAAAGUUAUUUACACUUAAUUUACACUAUCACCCCCCCAAUAUUUUAUUAUAUCAUUUAAUAUUUACAUAUUUCAUAUUUUUCAAAAAUGACAAACAUGGGCAAGUCUUAUAUCAAAUGAAAGCUCUCACUCUCAGGAAUAAGACUACAGCAUUAUUUUUGUUCUAAUAU